AUGGGUGCGAGCGACUCGAAGCUUGUGUUCAAGAAAGGCAUUUUCAGACUUUCAGAAGAAAGGCACAUUCCUGCCGAUGAUCCGUAUUGGACCUCAUUCUGGGAGCUUCCUGAGUCAUCUGAGGAUGUCUUCAGCCUCUUCUCCGCAGCAGACAUUCGCCGAACUCGCGAUCAUGCUAUCGAGAAUCUUGAAACCUUGAUACUUGCAGUGACAUCGCGGCUAUUCAUCCUCCGACACCAUCCCUCGUUUCCGGACCUGGAGUUUGCACCAGAGCGGGAUGCUCUCAACUGUGUUCGAGUUCUCACUCGGGUAUUACCGUACAUAUAUGAGAAGGAGUCACUAGAUGAGUGGGAGCAGCGCUUCUUUUGGGGAGCGAGAAGGAAGCGAACAAGGAAAGCCUCGAUAGCCACCGAGGUGCUUUUCGACGAGGAACAGGAAGAUGAACCCCAAGUACGGCUGGACACAGAAGACUUCGAAGAUGCCAAACCAUUGGCAGAGGAACUCAUAGACACCCUGAUUGAUCUCCUCUUCUUUUCCGACUUGACGGUCUCAAAGCAGCUGCAUGGGAAGCCCAAGGUCAGCUACGCUAUCUGGCAGAGCGGUGUUGGCUGCAACCAGACUGUAGCCACUACGAAGGAAUUUGAGAGCAAUCGUGUGGAGAUUCUGCGGCUUCUCCUCACCCUAACUGGCCAGAGCAUGUACAUGUCCGCCGGGAUUCUGCCUCAAAGAGGCACAAUGAAGUAUAACCCGGCAAGUUGGAGGGUACCUUAUAAUACUCUGGUUUUCAAGGACCCCAAGGAUAUCUUGGUCACGUAUUCCCUGCAGCUUCUCCUGGUCAUACUUCUAUACCCGAUACCGGAACAGAACGGCGAAAUCCAGAAGAACUGGUAUCGGCAUUUUCUGGGUCGAAUACAUCGACCGCAGGAUUUCCAGUUCAUUGUCGACGGCAUGACAAGAAUUCUAAACCAGCCUUUACAGGCUAACACCUCAUAUAUCCCUGGAACACAGUCGUCUGUGAGGUUUGCUCCAGAAAUGAUAAUGUUGUUUUGGGAGAUCACGCAGUGCAACAAGCGUUUCCGGUCCUUCAUCAUCGAUACAGAGCGCGCACAUGACUUCAUUAUUCUCAUACUAUUUUACGCGCUGGAGUAUAAAAACGAUGCUUCGAAGCAAGGCGUCGUACGGAUGUGCGCAUUCCUGCUUCAAACACUUAGUGUAGAGCGCAAUUUCGGCGUGAACUUGAACAAGAUUUUCGAGGCUCAAGACACUUUGCCUGCAGCUAUUCGAGUCCAAGGCUUCAGAGGCACUCAAUCUACAAUCUGA